UGUACAUCCAUCCACACCCUACGUUCAAUCCAUAUUCCUUCCAUAAUUGAAACACGAGAUAUGCUCCUUGCGGACAAUACUGGGGAAGCGGGAGUGGGGUUAGCCGACACCACCCGCUCGCGGAUAAGCAGCUAGUUAGCAAUAGCACAAGAGCUCCUGGGUUCACAUCCAACUUCACACCCCCAGCAGCACAUCCUCUCCCUUCUCCCCUCUCCCCCGCCAAUUCUACCCUCACAAUGCAUUUAGUCCAGACCCUCAAAAGACAGCGCCUCACUCCGCUCCUAAAGCAAUCCAUAACAUCCUCCACCCGCCCCAUAUCGAGCUCCCCCGCACGAUACGAACCGCGGCCCGCCGCACCGCAGAAACCCCACGAGAUCGACCCCCGAUGGCUAACGCUGACGAAACACAGAAUUGGCCGGUGCAUGACGUUUGGGUUGAAGCCGGCGCAGGUCCACGAGGCGGGGGAGAUCUUGCGAUUGAUUGCGAAGGACUGGCGCGAGUUGAUUGCCGGGAGUGAAGGGUAUUUGACGGAUGCGACGAGGAGGGGGUUGUACCGGCAGAGUGUUGCUUGGGGGGAGAUGGAUAGCAUGGGACAUGUGAACAAUGUCACCUACGUGAGAUACGCCGAGACCGCUAGAAUCUACUUCACGCGCAACCUCGCCGUCCACGUCGACCCAGCCCACAAGCGGGAAUGGAUGGACCUAGUCAGCUCCAAAGGGUUCGGGAUCAUCCUGCGCAGCAUCAAGAUCGAUUAUAAAUUCCCCAUGACCUACCCCGACAACGUCACAGUCUACCACAAACUCACGUACGACCCCGAAUCGCCGCAUUCAUCCCAAUACGCCUUCCACCUCCAAGCCGUCAUCCUCUCCGAGGCGCGCCAGCGGCCCGCUGCGCGCGUCCACGAGGACCUAGUCACCUACGACUACAAGAAGGGCAAGAAGACGGCGCUGCCGCCGUUUAUGCUGGAGCAGUUCAAAGCGACCUGGGCUCUGCAGGAGAAGGCCAAGAAGUUUUGGCAGAAGCGGAUUGUGGACAUUGAGAGCCGGGUGCGGACUUUGGAAGUUGAGAGCUGGGAUCGCGCGGAUGCCGUGGAGGAUAUGGGGACUGCGUAGAUUUACAUGUAUGAAUUGCGCAGGUUAUCUCGAUCUUCAGGAUAGAGGUCUUCGAUUGGUGUUGUUAGAGUCGAGGCAAUAGUUUCGGGUUAAUUGGAUAAAACGGCCCCCUUGCAGGCUCCGAUGGCCUGAACACGCAAUCAUUGUGGAGUACCUGUACCAUAUCUUCACCCUCACAUCUUGGUGAUCUCCCCGAGUCAUGGGGUACUGCGUUAUGUUUCCGAUGCAUGUCCUGAUCAUCUCCGC